AUUUUUAUAAUUAAAAAAAAAAACUAAAAAAGAAAUAAACUUCUUUUCCUUUCCACUUCCUUUAAUCCAUCACCAUUAAAUAAACAUAUCACCUCUUAUCUCUUCUCCUCAAACAAACUUUGUUUGAUUGAGUUGCCCUUUUCUACCAAUUCAAAAAUGCAACCCAACAUAUCCCCAACCUCAGAACAAACUAUUCAAAUUUCUCCUGAACAAAUUGUCACAUCAACAAAACAACCAAAAAUUCAUCAUCCUUUUAGAACAAGAUCAAGGAAAUUAGCAAUACUUAAGGUUGAUGGACAACAAAAGACAAAACCAAUUGUAUGGUUUGCUGCAAUACUAUGUUUCAUAUUUAGUCUUGUUCUUAUUUUCUUUGGAAUUGCAACAGUAAUUUGUUACCUUGCACUUAAACCAAGUAACCCUUCAUUUGAUAUUUCAAAUGCAACCUUAAAUGUUGUAUAUUUUGAGUCAAAACAAUACCUCAAUGGUGAAUUCGAUCUUCAAACAAAUUUUACUAAUCCAAAUAGAAGAGUUCAUGUGAAGUUUGAGUCUUUAUAUAUUGAACUUCUCUACUCAAAUAGGCUCAUAGCAUCUCAAACAAUAAAGUCUUUUACUCAAAAGCCAAGAGAAACAAGAUUGCAAGAAGUGAAGUUUAUAUCAAGUUUGGUUUUUUUGCCCCAAGAGGUGGGUGUGAAACUUGAAAAGGAGGUGCAAAACAAUAGAUUGAACUAUUAUGCAAAGGGAACAUUUAAGGUGAAGGUUAAUAUGGGAAUUAUACAUAUAUCUUUCUGGCUUCAUAGUAUGUGCCAAAUUGAAAUGACUGCUCCACCAGCUGGUGCUCUUGUAGCUAAACAAUGCAUUACAACUCGAUCAUGAAUAGGCAUGGUAGAAUUUAUUUUUUAUUUAUGCUUGUUUAUUGCUUUUUUUUUUCUUUUUAGUUUUUUAUACUCUUGGAUAUAUAGUAAAUUAAUUACAGUUUGCAAAAGAGUUAUAUAUUGUAUGAUUUUUUUUUUUUGGUUA